CCGCCACUGGGGUAACAGCGCGGAGCGUAUGACGUCACUCGGGGGUGAGAGUGUCGCGGGCGACGUCACCGCCACCGCGGCCCAGUUUCGCGGGCCCUAUUGUCCGCGCUCAUUGAGAGACCGCGCCGCGACUCAAAAGAGGCCCGUGCGCUUGCAGUGGGAUUGGGCGGCUGCAGCGGUCGGCCUGGAGUCAUGGAAUGCUGGCCCUGAGGACUGCAAGCCUUGCCGGCAUGGAGGACGAGUCGUACUCCGGGAGUGAGUCCAACCUGGAUUCCGAGGAGGAGGAAGAGGAAGAAGAGGAGUCAGAAGAGGAUGAGGAAGAGGAGGAGGACGACAACACCGCGAGAGAUGCCGCAGAGAGCGAUGGGGAUUCCGCGGGUGGGGGUGAGGAGGAAGAGGCGGGGGGCGAGGGCCGGCCGCCCAAGGAUCCAGCCGCCAGCGUGGUGCCCUCCAGGAAGCGGGCGGACCGUGCAGCGGCACUAGGGACCUCGCGUGGCACGGCCAUCGCCAGGAAGAGGCAGAAGAGUUCCACUCACUCCGGUCACAUGCGGAGAAACAUUCGGAAGCUCCUUCGUCCGGAGCAGCUUGAGGCCGACACUCUCGCCGCUCAGCUGGAGGAGCUGGAGCGGCGCAAGAGACUCGAGCAGACGGCCUACAAGCCCAGCCAGCCCGACGGCGCGGCCUUGGAAGAGGGUGCGCGGGAGAGCGAGGUUAUCUGCGUGAGCAGCAGUGAAGAUGACGUGCCCAGCCAUGGCGACGUGAUCGAGCUGAGCUCGGAGGACGAGGCUGUGCACGUGAUCGGCUCCGAGUCGAGCGGCUCCAGCGCCGACGAGGCCGGGGCGGACGACGCCGAGGCGGCGGCGGCCGCCGCAUCGGUGGCGGCUCUGGGCUCGCACUGCAACGACGCGCGCAACCAGCCCGACGUGGCGGGGCGCGUGCUCGUCAACGUCAACCGCCCGCCCGACGAGCCCGACAUCUUCAUGGCGCCUCAGCUGGCACGCGUCGUCAAGCCGCACCAGAUCGGAGGGAUCCGCUUUCUGUACGACAACCUCGUGGAGUCUCAGGAGCGCUACAGCACCACCAGCGGCUUCGGCUGCAUCCUGGCCCAUAGCAUGGGGUUGGGCAAGACGCUGCAGCUCAUCUCCUUCAUCGAUGUGCUCUUCCGCCACACGGACGCGCGCACCGUGCUGGCCAUCGUGCCGGUGAACACUCUGCAAAAUUGGCUGGCUGAGUUCAAUCACUGGCUGCCCCCGGCGGGGCACAGUGGCACAGGGCAAGGUGGCACGGGUCAGGCCACUGGGAACCCGGGCGACGCCACGGAGGAAGCACAGCUGCGCACGUUUCCUGUUCACAUCCUCAACGAUGACCACAAGACGACGGUGGCCCGGGCGCGGGUGAUCGCCGAGUGGAGUGCCGGGGGCGGCGUUCUGCUCAUGGGCUAUGAGAUGUUCCGCCUCCUGUCGCUCAAGAAGGCGUCGCUUGGCUCCGGGCGCAAGAAGAAGCCCAAGAAGGAGGUGGGGCCCGUUAUCAUCGACCUGGAUGAGGAGGACCGGCAGCAAGAGCUGCUCCUAGACGUUGAGAAGGCCCUGACGCGGCCGGGCGCCGACGUGGUCAUCUGCGACGAGGGCCACCGCAUCAAGAACUGCCACGCGAGCACGGCACAGGCGCUCAAGGCGGUGCGCACGCGGCGCCGCGUGGUGCUCACGGGUUACCCGCUGCAGAACAACCUCAUCGAGUACUGGUGCAUGGUGGACUUCGUGCGACCGAACUUCCUGGGCACGCGACAGGAGUUCAGCAACCUGUUCGAGCGGCCCAUCCUCAACGGGCAGUGCGUGGACAGCACGCCGCAGGACAUGCGGCUCAUGCGCUACCGCAGCCACGUGCUGCACAGCCUGCUCGAGGGCUUCGUGCAGAGGCGAGGCCACAACGUACUGACGGCCACGCUGCCUGCCAAGGAGGAGCACGUGCUGCUGGUGCGGCUGUCGCCCAUCCAGCGCGCGCUCUACCGCCACUUCAUGUUGCGCUUCCAAGAGGCCGGCUCCUCCGGCUGGCUCGGCUCGAACCCGCUCAAGGCCUACUGCGUCUGCUGCAAGAUCUGGAACCACCCGGACAUCCUGUUUGACGCGCUGCAAAAGGAGAGCAUCGCCGCGGACCCCGACCUGGACCUCGAGGUGUCGGACCUCCCCGCAGGCCUCACGCGCGAGCGCGGCGCCACCGGGAGCUCCUCGGGCAGGCGCAAGGUGGCCAAGAGGGAGGUGGCAGACCUGGAGCUGCCCAACGGGCGGUGCGGCGCGGCGACGCAGAGCGGACCGGAGCGCGGUGGACAAGUGGUGACCUACGAGUGGGCCAAGGACCUCAUGGGCAGCUACCAGACCGGUGUGCUGGAGCACUCGGCCAAGAUGGUUCUGCUCUUCCACUUGGUGGAGGAGAGCGUGCGGCAAGGGGACAAGAUCCUUGUCUUCAGCCAGAGUCUGUCCACUCUGGACAUCAUCGAGGCAUUCCUGAGCCAGAGGAAGAUCCCCACCGUCUCGGGUUCGGCCUCCCCCUCAGCCCCCUCUGCCCCCUCGGACCCCUCGGCCUCGUCGGCGCCGCCCGCAGAGACCCAGGUGCCCCCAGCAGCUUCCUCGCCCACCGGCCUCGUCUGGAGCAAGAACGUCAACUACUACCGGCUGGAUGGCAGCACAGCCACUUCAGAGCGGGAAAAACUCAUCAACCAGUUCAACAAUCCCCUCAACAGCAGCGUGUGGCUCUUCCUACUUUCCACCCGGGCCGGGUGCCUGGGCAUCAACCUGAUUGGGGCGAACCGCGUGGUGAUCUUCGACGCGUCGUGGAACCCGUGCCACGACGCGCAGGCUGUGUGCCGCGUCUUCCGCUACGGCCAAGUCAAGCCGUGCUUCGUGUACCGCCUCGUGUCUGACUUCACGCUUGAGAAGAAGAUCUACGACCGGCAGAUCUCCAAGCAGGGCAUGUCCAACCGCGUGGUGGACGACAUGAACCCUGUGUUGAACUUCACGCGCCACGAGGUUGAGAAUCUGCUGCACCUGGUGGAGGAGGAGGAUGCGGCCCCCGUGGACCUCCCCUCCAUCGCGCAGCGCCACCACGACCCGCUCCUCCGCAACGCCUGCCUCCAGCACAGUCGCCUGCUCACCAAGGAGCCGUUCACGCACGAGUCUCUGCUGAUGGAGCGCUCCGAGUACCGGCUCACGCCGGCCGAGAAGCGCCUCGCCAAGAAGAGCUACGAGGACGAGAAGCGUGCGUGCGUGCCCUACCAGCGGCCCAGCUACGCCCAGUUCUACCCCAGCGUGGCCAGCAGCCUCAGCAGCCUCACCGCCUUCGCGCAGCAGCAGCAGCAGCACCACAGGCUCUCAAUGCACGCGGGCCUCAAGAGCCGCCCCGUGGCCAACGUGCCGCCCAUGCAGACGACGCCCGUGCCCAUGCUGCCCCGCGUGGUGCCCGCUGGGUCCGGCCUCACCCCCGGCGUCCUCAACCCCGCCGCGCUUACAAUGAGCUCCCUGCAGCGCGCCGGCGUCAACGUGCAGAGGAUCGUCACGACCACCGAUAUUGUGGUUCCUGGAUCACACACAUCCACCAAUACACAAGCCAAGAUCUCGGCGGGGGAGAACAUUUUCGUCAUCCAGGGGAACAGGGGGGUCUACAUCCGCACCAACGACGGCAAGAUCUUUGCCGUCAGGUCCGGACCCAAGCAUCCCGGACGCACCGCCCCUGGAGGCGAGGUCGUGCCAGUGCCGCACUCUUCCUCACAGCCGUGGGGCGCCGCCGCGUCUGCGCUGGGCUUGAUGGACGCGCCGAUGCAUUGUGGACCAGACUCCCACGAGCUCCCGGCUGCCCCCGCGCUCGCCCACACUCAGCAGCCCUUGCCCGGCGAUGGCGGUGGAGGAGGAGGAGAGCAGGGCUCCGAGGAGAAAGGGCAGCUGGACAGGCGUGGGGACGGCGCCCUGGCGGAACGCCUGCGCAGGGACGGCGGGCACAGCACGGAGCUCAACGGAUGCGCGGAGAAGGAGAAGCAGGACGGGGAGGAGGAGGCACGGACACGCAACGGCCUGGCUCUCUCCCCACCCGGGCCCUCGUCGGCCACGUCGGGGCUCCCCGAGCCGCUGGGCGUGGCGCCGCUCGCCCCGCUGGGACGCCCGCUGUGUGUGGGGCCCACGCUUUACCCCUACCAGCAGGUGUACGGAGACCCCCGCCUCUACAGCGGGGGGGGCGGAUACUUCCUGCCGCCGUCGACGAACCCCGCGGCGGGGGGCGCAGCAUCACACGUGUCCUCACCGCAGGCCGCCCUGCCGCCCGGCUCGCCCUUCUCGUCCUCGACGCUCGCGCAGACCCUGCUGAGGGACCAAGGCCUCCGCGAGCACGGCCUCCUGCCCUCGCUGACGCUGCCGGCGCCGUCGCUGCUGCCGGCGACGGAUCUGUCGUUCCUGCGUGGCCCCGGGGCCGCCUUCCCCGCGCUGGCACCGCAGCCGCCCCCGGGGGGCCUCCCCCGGGCCGGGGCGCAGGCGGCAGGAGAGCAGAUUGUCAUCAGCUCCGACGACAGCGACUGACGAGGCCACGGCGGUGUAAACGAAACGACGGGGGUGGGGUGUGGAUGGGAACGUCCACCCUCCCACCCCCGCGCGCGCCCACCGGGCCCCAGUGGUCGGGUCUGGGCAGUGGAGUUGCUUCUUGACUACUGACCUGUGACGUCGCUCCGACAGCAUCCUCUAUAUACUGUAUUGUACAUAUAUGUAUAUGUGUACGCACGUGUGUUCGUGUAUAUAUAAGUAUGGAUACAUCGGACAGGCGGGGACGGGGGGAGGCUGGGGGGGGAGGCGGGAGGGGGGGGCCCAUCAGUCGUUUGUUUCUGGGAGCCCCAAAAUGCCCGAGUCCGCUCUCCAGCUCCGAUCCAGUUCAUCUGAAACCUGAAUCCCCCCACCCCUCCCCUUCACCCUGGCUCUUUUUUACUCCUUGGUGCAGGUCCAAGCCUCCUUUUCACUCCCAUUCCUAACUCCCCAGGGUCCUCGCGGUCCUAUCCAUCGGGGGGGGGGGGGGGGGGCCCUGCGAUGCCGGUCAGUUACGAUUUUUUUUUUCUUCAAAGCGUGUGGGCGGCCCGCAACGCGUCGGCACAAUGUAAGAUAAUUAGCGAGCGGGCGACACACUCGCAUGCCGAGCCCUGCGGAUUGAGCAAUAGUGGCCGCUUUCUCUUGGAGCCUGAGCACCCCCCCCGCCCCCCCACCGGGUGAGCCGAGGUCACCACCUCGAGCCGAGUCCUGGGGUCCCACUCUCUCUCUCGUGUCUCGUAGUCUCAGUGUGCAGGGGAGGCAUGUGUAACGCAUAGACGACGGCGAUUGGCUGUGGGAGGGAGAAGCAACAGAAAUGGCAACGCCCUUCGGUGGUGAAAAGCAGAGCAAUGGGACCGCGUGAAAUCGCUCCGCAUAGAGCAAAGUGACGAGCCGAACGUACGUACGCACGUCGAACUUCUUUCAUACCGUACGUAGCCAACCGUGCUGUUCGGAGGUGUGGGGCGAAGGACAACAAACUAAACAAAUAUCAGUUUCUAAAGAGUUGAAUCCAAACCAAAUGUAGAGGGUGAGCAGAUGUUUCAGACAACGCAUGCAUUACAUUGGUGCAAGGGGUAGCAAUGUUAAUGUGCUAAUGGGGUGAGUAGUGUUUCGUUGUGCGAUGCUCUUUUGUUGGGAUUUCUAUUAAAUCUACGCCUCUUAACUUGCCACGUUGGAUAUCGUGAGGUAGUUAAUGUUCUGAGUUCACAGCGAAUGCAGCUUCGCUUAGUUUCCAUCCGUGUUCGUUCUGUCGAGGGCACCGCCACCACCUCAUGCGUCCGACGUUACUUCGUUGUCUCGGCUGCCGAGGCCAACCGGCUCCACACGCCUCGCUCCGUCGUGUCCUGUGUAGCCAGCAGCAUUGACGUCUUUUGGAGUGAUCACAAUUUACAUAAAGUGUAUAAUCGUUUUGUAUUUAUUUAUUAUGCUUUUACUUUUUUUUCUAAACUUUUUUUUAGGAAUGUGAAGCCGAAUUUGCAGCGUUGAAGGUGGUGCCGGUGGUAGGCACCCCCCCCUCUGCCCUGCGCAGUCCGUUGCGCAGUCCGGGACCCGUUUAGAUUUCCGCCACGCUGAUGAGCAACACGACCCAGGCCAGUCCUCACCCCGCAGCACACCGAGCCCCGGAGAGGUCGUCGCUGAUACCGUGGGGACGACAGAUUUGUGUUUUUCCUUGAUCGUUUGUUCUUGGCAGGAGGCUUGGGCUGCCUCGGUGCGUAAACCACCAAACCCGACCCUGCUGUGUGUGCCCAUCUUGCCCUUUUCUUUCCAUCUGUGUCGGCGUCAGUUUAACUCGUAGUAGUGGUAGUAGUCGUAGGAAGCUUUCGUGACCAAUAAUGUCGAUAAAGGUUUUUUUUGGGGUUAGGUCUUGUAAGUAUCGAUGUGUCGUUAAACCCCUGCCACCACCGGACACGGCCAAUGAGUAAGGCUUUGUCACGUUAACAAAAUGUGCCAGCUAGUUACUAGUUCAGCACACUGGUUGUGUGUCGGAGAGUGAACCCACAACAUUCACAUUUCGCCGGUAAUUACAACAACCAGCCUAAUUUAUAUUUACGUAAUCCGACCCAAAUAAAAACCCCCUCUCUAAUGGCUAUAUCAGUGUCCCUCAAGAUGUUCUCAGAACACCGAGAUUGGCUCGUUGGGUUGGGUUCCUGCUAGCGCACGGGAAAGCGCAGCGUUGUGCAGUGUUGUGCAGCGUGGUGCAGCGUGGCGGAGCCUGGCGCAGUGUGUGACCAUCGGUGCCUGUUGGUGCCCAUCGUUCAGCCGGUGAUGUCGCUGUCACAGCGGGGCUCUUCCGGAAAGCAGAGAGGUUCAGUUGUUUGGCGGUGCACGGUGGCCCCUGGCUCCCCCUGCUUGCCCACACCCUCAUCCCCCCUAGCUGCACCACCCACCAUGCCACCAGUCCUGCCCUCUGCGCCUCGUGAUCUCGCGCCUAGCGAGCGCGUGUCUCCACGCGCUACAAGUAACCUAUUCAUUUUUUUAAAAGCAUGAGAUGGAGCCCCAAGACCUAAACACACAACCGAGUGUUUCCUGUCCUCCCGCUUUCUCGCAUUCUCACACACUACCUAGCUAGCUAUCCCAGCGUAAUGCUCACGUUACGUUUCCGCGUGGUGCCCACAACAACGCCGUCUUGAGCGUUGCCCACGUGGAGUCGAAAUGAUUAAACGAGGUUACUCCCGUGACGACGUCCGUUUUUCCCCUGCCUGGGAGUCCAGGGAGGGCGUAGACUCGUGCUCCGAUUGUCCCUAGGUCUGUCCUCUCUUGUAAGCGGGAUAGGAAAUUUCCUACAGCUAAAUUUGGCACGGCCGAGAGAUGCUUGUCCUGUUGCCGUAGGGCGGCGACGGGGGAAUGCGGCCUCCGAGGUCAGAAUCGUGGCCCAGCCCGCGAUCUGCAUCACCUGCCUAGAGGCCUCCUCCCAAGGGCCCAUUCCAUCCAGAGCGAUGGAAACCUAGGACAGAGCCUCCAGUGUCCCAUUGGAGUUCAUAUCCUGGGCAGCGACCUGGCAGGCAUUAUGGGGUGGAUGGUCUGGGCCUCACAGUAUGCCUCCUUUGGCAGGGUGGUCCCGUCGACAUCUGUAUAGGAAGUGGCUUGUCCCCCCCUCCAAGGUGCCAGCUAUGGUACUAUUUGCUUAUGUUGUAAUAAAUACCAACAUCAUUAGGCGGGCGGUGACGGAGAUCGUCUACAAAUUAGUUUGUGAUUAAAAACGUGCUUUUUGAUAGUGCUGCCCACUAGACUCGCCCAUCCGUCCCUGUGACCAGCUGCUCUGAUUGAGAGUUUGUUGUUUGUAUCUCCUUCCACGGUCCAUUGCCCCUCGUGUUCACUAUUUUUAAAUCCGAGUUGGGGGAGUCGGCAUGAUGCUUCUUCACGCCUCUCCUUCCCCUCCCCAAUCUGACUUAUGUUCGUGGAGAUGGUGUUGGUCCCGCUCGUGAGAAGGGAGAGUGGUGGGCGCAAGGGCACCGCAUGCCCACCGCGAUUAAAUCUCUUGUGUUCUGGAGUAGCAGUAUAGGAAUCGCUCCUGGUGUCGUUCCAGUAUCGUCCAGUGGCUGGUGAUCGUCGACGAUCAGUUUAACACGUAGAAGGCUUUUGCGACCGAUAUUAUCCAUGACAGAGGUUUUUUUUGGAUUAGAUCGUGUACAUAUGGAUGUGUAGUUAAACCCACCACAAUCCAACAGCCUAUUAUUAGUAAAGUCUGUCACGUAAGUAAAACGUGCCAAUUAGUUACUAGUUCAGCACUAGCUGGUGUGUUUGAGAGUAAACCCCACGACAUUUACAGUUCGAGUACCGUGACGUUUCGCCGGUAAUUAUAACCAGCCUCAUCAGGCGGCAGCCACCUGAGGGUUUAUUCUCCAUCACACCGGUGUGCUGAGCUAGUAACUAAUUGGCACGUUUUAUUGUACAUGACGAACCUUAUGAAUUGGCUGUGUCGGGUGGUGGCGGGUUUAACGGCACAUUUAUAUAUUUCCGCAAUGUAACCCAAAAAAACCCUCUUAUGUAUCGACAAGUCUCUGCUGAAGGCACAAAACCUCAUUGUUAAUAAGUCGGCCAAAUGCACAUAUCAGGUUUUCACGGAUGGCGUGACCUGAAAGUUUCUGAUCCAUUUUUAGUCUGGCAUUGCGAACGUGUAGACAAGAAGCACAGCCCCUGACCUUUGUCAAGGGAUCAGUUUUUUUAAACUUUUAACUUAGAACUUUGUCACAAAAAAUGUUCAUUUCAAAGACUCAGGAUUGGGAGAAAGCUUGUGGGUCAGGCUUUAAAUUCUGGGCCCGCGCUUGAGGUCAAUCUAGGCCCUCGUGUGUGCAGUCUGCUGCUCUCAGCCUAGUCCCCAGUGACUACAUGGGAAUCCGAGAGGAAUGGUUUUGUAAUUUUUAAUGGCCUGUAACCGGAAGGUUAUUUUUAUUUGGCACGGAUGCAACGAACAACUCUUCUGCACAGCUGGAGGGAGCAGUCUAGUGGCUGUGUAAGAUCAUUCUUGAAGGAUGCCGAGACGGGAUUCGGAUGCAACAUCUGAGUAUCCAUAAGACGCGUGGGCCGAAGUGUCAUUGUCUCGAGGCUGACGAUCCAAUUGCGAUGUAAUUGGACGUCUGAAAGUGUCAUGCAGCUCGUGCGAGUGUAGAGUGGUGCUCACCCUUCCCCCGUUGGCAGUGGUGGACGCUUUGUUGGUGGAAUAGCCGCUAUGCAUGAGCCGUCGGGUAGGGACCCGCAUGGGCAAUGCACCGAGCUGAUCCGUCCCUGGGGCAUUUGUGCUGACAACUUUGCGUGGUGGGGCGCACUUGAGAGUGUGCCCUGGCCGGAUUGGAUACAAUCAUGGUUGUGUGAGGUUUAAUAUAACGGCUUCCUGCUGCGGAAACAAAUGCCACCCAGUGCCACCGAGGCCACGAUCUCUGUGAUGGGGACUCAGAGGCGCCCUUAGAAUACCGACUUCCCAAGCAGAGUACAGCGCGUACGCCUGAGAAUCGCAUUCAUGUGGGGUGGUGGUGGUGGUGGAGGGGGGCGCGGGUGGCUCUAUCCCUAUGAAGGAGUCAACCUGGCUUUGCUGUGAGAAGUGGCACGGAAGGACACAUCCCCGAGAUGGUUCCUUGAAAGUGUACACGCUGCGUUGGGCCAGUGUUAGCCCAACCUCACUGUGGGAACUGAUGUGGCAACAGGCUUUUGGGAUGGUCGUCGCUCCAACGCCAACUUUCGCCAUUAGCGCUACGAACGUUGGAGGUAGAACCUCAGAACUGAUGGGAAGAAUUCACGAAGCCAACGCUUCAGCUCAGGAGAGAGAGGGUGGAGGAUUACGGUGUGGGUUUGGAAGAGGGAAAGAGAGCGAGAGGGAGAUGGGGGGGGGGAGAAGGGGAACACGGCCAUGAGACCCCACGCAGCCGCCACAGUGACAAGUUGGGCUCGAAGCUUUUGGGUCGACUUUGGCCCGAGACGGUUGAAACGCUUUGAUGGGCCUCGGAGAGUUUGGCGAGUGGUAGAUGCCAACGCCCGUGGUUCCUCGGACCUGGAGAGGACACGGUGAAGGUGGUAUUCCCGUGCUGCUGCUGCUUCCCCCUACCACCACCACAGCUGAGAUGUCUCAACUGUAACCAAUGCGUUAAACGCAGCUCCUUUCGGUUUUGUGCUGGCAAGUUGUUCCGUAGAAAUAUGUACUUUGGUGGUUCUUAUUCAUGAUAGGCUCCCAAAACAGACUUUGUGACCCUAACCCAAAACCAUAUCAUAAGUAAAUAACCCCAAACUCGGACCUUUCAUCCCUACAAGUGGCCUGAUGUCAUAGACUCCUGUAGGGUAAUAAUCGUGACCAAAAGUUCAACACUGGACCUCGCCCCAAACUUUGUACCUCUUGAAACAAAGUCAAACGACACAGUCAGUGAAUCCUCUUCAUCCUCAAUGGGACAUGAGGCCGCAAUAACUUCCCUCCACUUCUUCCCGUCCUUGGCAACACGUUGAGCCUCGCCCCAAGAGAGGUUGAUCGCUGGCAACUCGUCCAUCAUGGUCAUGCGCCUGGUGGUCUCGGGUCUCCCAGGUUUCCUUUUGCCCAGCGGUAUCCAUCUCAGGGCAAUUUUUUGGUGUACGGUCCCCUAGUCCAUUCUGAGAACACGACCGAUCCAUCAAACGACGCGGAGUUGGAGGUUAUGUCGGCUCACUUGCACGCGAUGGGGCGGAACCAUUUGCAAUCAUAAGCCAGUGAUUGAAAACUCCACCUUCACAUUCAUGGGCCUUUUUUUUUACGAGCAGAUGCCCAUUGGACACUUUCCACAAACUGUUACUCAUCUUUCAAUCACGGGUGGACGAUGGGCCCAGGUCAAAACUUGUCCAGGAUUUAGAUUCACACGGCGGUUUACAAUUCGGGUGCAUUCACCACAAUGUCGCCAGCCCUGAUUUCUACUGCAGAUCUUAAACUCCUAACUUUGUGACGUUAACCGCAGUCGUACGACAUUUAAAGACGAACCUCGGCACCGAGGGUAUUGGCUCUGUCAUCUUCAUUGGCCGACCCAAGUAAACGCGCGUUGUUGACAAGA